GUUCAGGCGAUGCUGCCAGUGUGACGUAUAAUCUAGUGGACGGGACGCUGCUUCAACAACAACAGUUCGACACCCUCGGUAGCUUAAUAGCAAACAUAGCUACAACAUUCACUCUCUUUAUACUGUUUUUGGUGUAUAUUAGUCGCUGUGUACUAAACACACUUCUGUCUUAUGUACGUGUUGACCCAUUUAAUUAUAUAAUUACGUUGUUUGUCAGCUAGCUGGUUUGCUAAAUUAGCUUAGAACUAGGCUAGUUGCUAAUGCUAGCUAGCGAACAUCCCCGACCAUGAGUUCACUAAGCUGCUCUCCUCCUGCUAAAGAAGAGGAGGUCUUCUGGACGGAGAAAGAAGUUCUCCCGAAAGAGGAGGGGGAAGAGAAGGAUGUUUCAAUACAAAAACAAGUAGAGGGUGAAGCUGUUACCGUGAAAGAAGAAGAGAAAGACGUUUCAGUGGAAGAAAAGGAAGACUCGUUCAGAUUGAAAGAGGAGGAGGCGGAGAUGACUGUCACAUCGGUAAAGGAGGAGGAGGAAGAAGAGGAAACUGGACAUCUGGGCCCGGUUUCCCCAACGCUUCUUAAGGCAUCCUGUGGUUCUAACGUUGAACUCAGCCGUAAGAUGGUUUUGAGAAACCGGGCCGUGAUUAACACUAACUUUGUUGUUCACACAGGAGAGAGACGUGACUAUCGUGGAUCCUCUGGGGAGCCUCAACAACAUCAUGAAGCUGACGAGGCAGAGAAGAGUCCCUCCCGAUCAGAACACCUCAAGAAACACCCGUGGAGACCAACAGGGAAGAAAUCUCACUGCUGCUCUAACUGUGGGAAGAGUUACUUAAGAUCAAAUUCACAAAAAGUACACAUGACAAUUCACACUGGAGAGAAACCUUAUAGCUGUGAUCAAUGUGGGAAGAGUUUUACUACAUCUCGCCAUCUGAUUGUACACCAGAGAACACACACAGGAGACAAAUCUUAUAGCUGUGAUCAAUGUGGGAAGAGUUUUACUCAGUCAAGCAGCCUGUUAUCUCACCAGAGAAAACACACAGGAGAGAAACCUUAUAGCUGUUAUCAAUGUGGGAAGAGUUUUACUCAGUCAAGCAACCUGGUAUCACACCAGAGAACACACACAGGAGAGAAACCUUAUAGUUGUGAACAAUGUGGGAAGAAUUUUACUACAUCCAGCCAUCUGAUUGUACACCAGAGAACACACACAGGAGAGAAAUCUUAUAGCUGUGAACAAUGUGGGAAGAGAUACUCUGAUAAAAGAUCUCUGAUCAAACAUCAGAAAAUGCAUUAAUGAAGGAGUUGUUUCAUGAUAUCAAUGAAUUAAUGUCACAAUGUAGAAUGUUUAAACAUUGUAGUAGGAGUAUUUUAAUGAUGUCACAAUGUAGAAUGUUUUAACAUUGUAGUAGCAGUAUUUUAAUGAUGUCACAAUGUAGAAUGUUUUAACAUUGUAGUAGCAGUAUUUUAAUGAUGUCACAAUGUAGAAUGUUUUAACAUUGUAGUAGCAGUAUUUUAAUGAUGUCACAAUGUAGAAUGUUUUAACAUUGUAGUAGCAGUAUUUUAAUGAUGUCACAAUGUAGAAUGUUUUAACAUUGUAGUAGCAGUAUUUUAAUGAUGUCACAAUGUAGAAUGUUUUAACAUUGUAGUAGGAGUAUUUUAAUGUCACAAUGUAGAAUGUUUUAACAUUGUAGUAGCAGUAUUUUAAUGAUGUCACAAUGUAGAAUGGUUUAACAUUGUCAUAGGAGUAUUUUAGAAAUGUCACAAUGUAAAACAUUAAACGUUUGCCCCCUGUUCAAUUGAUUUCUGCAUGAUAUGGAUAUUAGCCUCAGGGGGAAAAUCCAGGCUCUGAAUUGAAAGAGUGCUAUUUAUAUGAUAUAACAGAAAGUGACUAACACAAAAAGAGCUGUGUUACACUUACAGCAUUGGUGACCCACUUGAAUCAAAAUGUAGCUAGAUGUUUUCUACAAGUUGUCCUCCAACCAGUGAUGUACACAUUAUUCCCAGAUUCCAUGUGUUUUUUGAGCUGUUAGUUUUAACAGGACAAACUCAUCUCCCCCUUUCACACAAAUGAUUUCAACAUGAGAUCGAUGAGUGAUGAAAAAUAAGUGUUGCGUUCCUUUGUUUAACGACCUCUACAUUUAAAUGCAUCUCUCCACAAUGUAGCUGACUGUCUUCUGCAGGUUGUCCUCUAACCAGGGAGGUAAAAUAUAUCUCCUAUUUCCAUGUGUUUUUUUAGUUGUGUUAGUUUCAACAGCACCAACAACCUGAUUUCCCCCCUAAUUGAUAUCAGUGAUUUAUUGCUUCUUGUCAAAACAACAGUGUUUCUGGUGUUCGUGCAUUUUAAAAGGUGCUUGUUUAAAAAAAUACAAGUAAUCUGAUUGUUGUUGCAGAUGUUUGUGCAGAUACUACAUUUUAUGUUUAGGUUUUCAAUAUCACAAAUGGUUUCUGCAUAUUGGUUAUUCAUUUGGACCCAUUAAAGCUGUGUUUUGACAUUGGGCUGUACCACCUAGCAAAAUGUCAUUGAAAAGACGUUGAAAAGAAGAUUAUACCCAACGUCCAAUAUACGUUUGGUUUUAGUUGAAGGUUUUAAAUAUUUAUUUUCAGGUUGUUGUUAAUAAUGACUUGAAAACAACUUAA